AUGCACUUCGUGCCCUUUGUGGUCUUUGUGAUUCAUUUGGUCUCUUCCGGUUUUGUGCACACCUGCCUGGGCUACAACCACGGCAUCGGCGACACAAAGGCGAACACUACGCAGGAAGCGGGCUACAGCCAGGAGAUUGUGGUUUCUGCAUCGCAGAGGACCCAUACUCCAAAGAAGGGCACGAAGCCAAAAGGCGCGAAGACGCCCAGGAACAAUGCCUCAGGAGAAGGCAAGGGAGCACCCAUGCUACCCUUCCCUGCGGCUCCCAGCUUCGGCAAGGGCCAACCGUUACCGCCACCGCCAAUGCCCUGGCCUGGCUAUGCAGGGAUGGCCCAACCUAUCAUGAUGCAGACACCGAUGCAACCCAUGCAGGCUCCGAUGCAAUCAAUGCCACAACAGCAAGCCCCACCGCAACUGGCACAGAUGAUGGCGCCAGUGGCCCCAUCAUUCUCGGCGCCACCUCCCCCUCAAGCAUCGAUGAGUUCGGAACACAUGGAGUUCAUCGAGAUGGCCCGGGCCCGCCAAUCCGAACUUCCUGCGGAUAUGAGACAUCAAAUGCAAAAGAUGGCCAAGAAGGAGGGAGCAAGAGCCACAAAGGACUUGCACAGCGCCGUCAAGCAGAUGGGCAUCGCCAGAGCGGAAGUGGAAGAAGCCAUCCAGGCCCGCAUCAACCUGAUAGCUUCCUGGAAAAACUUCCUCUCGGAAGCAGUCAAGACCUGGCAAGAUUACACAGUCCUUUUUCAAACUCAGGAACAAGGCCUUCAAGCCCGAAUCCAGGAGGCCCAAGAAAACUUCACACAAGCAAAGAUUCAGGCAGAGGCAUCUCAGGCAGUAGCGGGCAAGCUGACCAUAGAGAUCAAGGACGAGGACGACGACUUCGCCGAAGGCCAGGAGAAAACCGACAGGUCAGCAGGCAAGAUCAACGAGGGCUUAGCCACAUUGUCAGCGUCCUUACAACAAAUGAAGGAGCAGGCAGACGCCAUCGUGGUGGAGGAGAACGCGGCGAAAAGACAGCGCACCUCCCAUCAGAGCGAGCAGGCAAUGGAGGUAGGAGAACUGGCAGACUCCAAGGACUCUUCCAGGGAGUUGCCCAGCAAUACCUAUUCAAGAAUCUCCUUCAAGAAGGACAAGAACCAAGGACUUCGCCCUGGAGCUGCUCGAGUUCCCACGAUGCAGAUUCCAGCCACAGAACUUUUGACCUCAUUGACAUUUUUGAACUACUUCGAGUUGAAGGACGACCUGAUGAAGGAGAAGACGGCAGCGACGCUGGUCACCACCGUGCACAUUGCGGACCCAACCACAUGGUUUUCUGAGUUUGCCCACUCUUUUUCAAGACAAGUCGAACAUGAGGCCUACACAUCCGAGUGCCUCCAGCACUUCGUGAAGAAGAAUUGGAGCAAAACUUUGUGCGCAGAGUUCGGCAACGCCAGCUCCAACAUCCUUCUCAUGUGGAACCAACCCAAUGGAGAUGAGGCCCCGGAAUCUCAACAUCCUCGACAAGAUGAAACAAGGAACGCUCCCGAAGAUACAACAUCAUUCAUGGCUAGACAGCUGACGCUUCAUGAUGCAGCAUCUUUACCAUCAUCAGGGAGAAGUUCAAGGAGCUCGACAAGUUCAUCCUCAUCGUCAAGGUCGACUUCACGGUCCAGCGAAGAUGAAGACUGGCGUCAGACUGUGAUCUUCUCACUCGACGGCAGAUCUAUUUCUACGCUGCUACCUUGGCAUGAUCAGACUGAAUUAUAUCGACAAGCAGCUAGAGAAUUCGGCAUUGAACCCUUGGGAAUCAUCCGUCUUCAUCUAGUACUGCACAGACCCCUGGAUUAUGUUCAAGUUGGCCUUCAUGGACUCUUGUUGCAAAGAACACCGGAGUUCCGACCGACGCCUUUUGAGCGAUUAGUCUUGCUCGACUUGGAAUUGCAUGUUGACAACGAUGUCCAACCUUCGCCUUUCAGAAGGUAUGUACGUUGGGUACCGUACACGACCAACCGCCCCUCCUUCUUUCAGUUCCUGGGCCUUGAAGGAGUUUUGGCAGAACAUGGAGAUAUCUGCUACAUGUGGCGAAACAACGUCGUGGUGCCACAACGCGACAUUUCCCCCAUCAACUUCCUCGACGGCGACUACAUCAAGAUCUUUGUCGGCGACGUAGACAUGCAAGAACAAUGCAUAUCGGAGUCGGACGCCGCCAUUGGAGAUGAUCCUAUGAGUUCAAAUGCGUCCGGAGACGACAGCAGUUUGUUUCAACGGUCUGUCAACCAAUUCCAACAGGCACUUUUGGGCUUUGGACACAAUCUCGGUGCCGUAGAGAUCAAAACUGACCCAAAUCAUCACGCUCAAGGAGGUUUCAUUCCUGACAGGCCUACCAGACUCCCGGCACCUCCUCGCACUACAUUCAACAGAGGUUUUCACCGAAGAUCAACGACGUUUGGCACGACUCUUUGA